AAGUGUUCUAGAGGAAAUGCUAUAGGAAACGACAUGGAGGCAGUUGCAUUAAGUUGACAUCUGCAGGGAAGAGGUCAGUCUCGCCCCGACCACGGGAGGGGACCCAACGUCGCACCUCUCGGCUCCUCGCACACUUCACCUCGCGGCCAUGAAAGUGACUGUAUCUAAAACUGAUCCUCCUCUUGGGGCACUGCUAACAUGUUCUAAAGCUGGUGUUUCUGUGGAGUGGGGCAAAAAUACCUGUUUAGACUUGACAGACUCAAUCAGCCUCACCUCUUCACAUAGCAUAUCCAGACAUGUGGCUCAAGUCAACCCCGCCUUGGAACUGUAUCCUAGUCACAGUCUCCACCAAACUGAGGUGGACCAUUGGUUGUCUAUAGCAUCGGGUCCAUUGUUAUGUGGAGGAGAAGACAUAAGUGCCACCCUUGACCAGUUGAAUAAGGCUCUUGCUCCUUCAGAGGUUCUAGUGGGAAAGAAUGUCACUGUCGCAGACUUUGAAGUAUUUGCUGCACUUUACAGCAAUGCAGCAUGGCACGCACUGUUGGAUAGUAAUGAAGCUCCAGUGAAUGUGCAGCGUUGGUAUAAUUUUAUGGCGACUCAGGUUGGUGGUAUCAUCACAGCCCUUCCAGAUGAGGUCAAGAAGGCCUUUGAUUCUUCCAAAAUCUCUGCAGCUUCUCCAGAAAAAUCAGUAUUGGGUGUUAAGCAAGGAGGAGGAGGAAAGUUUGUUGAACUUUUGGGAGCAAAGAUUGGGGAGGUAGUUGUUCGCUUCUCUCCUGAGGCUAGUGGUUACCUUCACAUUGGGCAUGCCAAAGCGGCUCUCCUGAAUCAAUAUUAUCAGUUGGCAUUUAAGGGAAAACUGAUUAUGAGGUUUAAUGAUACCAACCCUGAAAAAGAGAAGCUGGACUAUGAAAAAGUUAUUCUGGAGGAUUUGAAACUACUGCAUAUUGAGCCAGAUAUUUUUACUCGCACCUCAGAUUACUUUGACCGCAUGAUUGACAUGUGUGAACAACUCAUCCAGCAGGGUCAUGCAUAUUGUGAUGAUACCGAUGGCGAGACAAUGAAGAAAAAGCGUGAGGAAAGGAAGGAAAGCAAAAAUUAUAGCAAUUCUGUUGAGAAGAAUUUGUCAAUGUGGGAGGAGAUGAAGAAGGGAACAGAAUACGGCAUCACUUGCUGUGUACGGGCUAGGAUUGAUAUGAAGAGUGAUAAUGGCUGUAUGCGUGAUCCUACAAUCUAUCGCUGUAAGAAUGAGCCUCAUGUCAGGAAAGGCGACAAGUACAAGGUGUAUCCAACUUAUGACUUUGCCUGUCCUAUUGUAGAUAGUUUAGAGGGGGUCACUCACGCUCUCAGAACAACAGAGUAUCAUGAUCGUGAUGAUCAGUACUAUUGGUUCAUUGAGAAACUUGGACUGAGAACCCUGCACAUCUGUGAGUAUUCACGUCUGAACAUGAACAACACUGUCUUGUCCAAGCGGAAACUUACUUGGUUUGUAGAGGAAGGACUUGUUGAUGGAUGGGAUGAUCCAAGAUUCCCCACUGUUAGAGGCAUUCUGCGACGUGGUAUGACUGUAGAAGGACUGAAAGAUUUUAUUGUUGCACAAGGUUUGUCUCGUUCUGUAGUGAACAUGGAGUGGGACAAGAUUUGGGCUUUCAAUAAAAAGGUAAUAGAUCAUUAUGCUCCUCGUUAUACAGCACUUCAAGGGCACUUGGUGCUUGUUCAUAUUAAUGGCAUCAAAGAGGAGGCUACUACUGCUCAGAAACACCCUAAAAAUACAUCUAUUGGCAUGAAAACUGUGUGGAUUGGUCCCCAUGUUUUAAUUGAGGCUGCAGAUGCUGCCGAUUUGAAGGAAGGGCAGAAUACCACUUUUAUCAAUUGGGGAAAUAUUAUGAUAACAAAAAUCAACAAGAACAAUGAAAAAAUAGUGUCUAUUGAUGGGGAACCUAAUCUUGAGGACACAGACUACAAGAAGACAGUAAAGCUCACUUGGCUCGCAGAUACUGUUAAAGCUUCCCCCACACCUGUUGUCUGUGUGUACUUUGACCACCUUAUCAGUAAGAGUGUUCUUGGAAAAGAUGAAAACUUCAAAGAUUAUAUUGGACACAACACACGUGCUGAAGUAAAAAUGAUUGGUGAUGCAGAACUUCAAAAUUUGGUGCCUGGAGAUAUUAUACAGCUCCAGAGGAAGGGCUUUUUCAGAGUGGAUGAAGCUUACAAGCCAGUAAGUCUGAGCAGCUGCCAGGAAAGUCCAGUCAUACUCUUCUCUAUCCCAGAUGGUCAUUCAAAGGAUAUGGUAACUGCUUCAUCCAUCAAGAAAUUGGCAAGUAUGAGUGAGAAAGAGCGAGCCAAGAGUGCUCAAGGUAAAAAGGCAGAAAGAAGUCCUCGUGAUGAAGGAAAACCUGUAGUUAGGGCAUCUGGUGUGACAGUGAGCCAGAGGUUAUUAAAUACUAUCAAAGACCAGGGUGAUAAGAUUAGACAAUUGAAGAAUGAUAAGGCAGACAAGAAUGUUGUGUUGGCUGAAGUAGAGAUUUUGAAAGAAAUGAAAAAGGAUUUCCAGGAUGCAGCUGGAAUUGAGUGGAAACCAGAUAGUGUCAUUCCUUCUACUGCUCCAACUGCAACUCCUAUAGAGCCUGUUACAGGAAAGAGUGCCAUAGAAAUACAUUCCCAGAUAAAAGCACAAGGUGACACAGUUCGGAACCUGGAGUCCAGUAAGGCUGACAAAGAUACCAAUAAACAAGCUGAUCCUCUUUUGGUGCUUGAGGAGGAGUUAAGAACAUUGACAAGCAGUGAGUGGAAACCAGACAUUGACAUGCCCAAGUUUUUCAUUGUUUCCCCAACACCAGCUCUAUCUCCUGUUAAGGGUGGAAAUGUGCUUGAACUGCACAACAAAAUAAAGGAACAAGGUGAAAAGGUAAGAACUUUGAAGGCCACUAAGGCAGAAAAGGAUGUUGUGAAGCAAGAAGUUGAUAUACUUUUAGCAUUAAAGAAAGAAUUUAAAGAAAUUACUAGUGCCGAUUGGAAACCUGAUAUUGAAAUGGCAGGUUUCAAAUGUGAUAAUACAACUAGUGCUGCUAGUUCAGGAAAAGGUGCUAAAGCUAUUGAUCUUCAUGCUCAGAUACAGAAACAAGGGGAUGCACUAAGAUCAUUAAAAACUAAUAAAGCUGAUAAAGAUGCUGUUAAACAGGCAGUAGAUGUGCUCUUAUCUUUGAAAAAGGAGUUCCAAGAGUACACAAGUAUUGAAUGGAAGGCUAAUAUUGAUAUGUCUCAGUUUUGUGAACCUGCUUCACCUGUGAGUGGCAUGGGGACUACAUCCAGUUCUGUAGGAAGUACUGGAGUUAUACCUAAAAGUAUGGAGAGCAAGAAGUCUAAGGAAAAAUCCCCUGUAAAGACCAAGGUAAAGGGACCUGUAAAACAAGAUGGUAAUGUGAAGAAGCAAACAAGGUUAGGACUAGAGGUGAGAAAAGAACAGAAUCUUUCUGAAUGGUAUUCACAGGUGAUAACAAAAGCAGAGAUGAUCGAAUACUACAAUGCAUCGAGUUGCUACAUCCUUCGGCCUUGGUCAUGUGCAAUAUGGUGUAAUAUAAAGGAUUUCUUGGAUACAGAAAUUCGAUCUUUAGGUGUUGACAAUACUCGUUUCCCCAUAUUUGUUACAAGGGAAGCUCUGGAGAAAGAAAAGGCUCACAUUGCAGAUUUCUCUCCAAAAGUUGCUUCGGUAACAAUAUCAGGAUCAAGUGAAAUAGCAGAGCCUGUUGCUAUUCGUCCAACAUCAGAAAUUGUCAUGUAUCUUGCUCUUGCUAAAGGGAUUGAGUCACGCACAAACUUGCCAAUAAAACGUAACCAUUGGAAUAAUGUUGUACGAUGGGAGGUCAAGCAGCCUACUCCAUUCUUAAGAACUCGUGAAUUCUUGUGGCAAGAAGGAUGCACUGCUUUUGCCACUAAGGAAGAGGCUGAGGCAGAAGUGUAUCAGAUACUAGAGCUUUAUUCUCAAGUAUAUGAAAAGCUCUUGGCAGUUCCAGUUGUUAAAGGCAAGAAAACUGAGAAAGAAAAGUUUGCAGGAAGUGAUUUUACGACUACUACCGAGGCUUUUAUAUCUGCAAGUGGGCGUGGCAUUCAGGGAGCAACAUCUCAUCAUUUGGGACAAACCCUUUUAAAAAUGUCUGAAAUUAUCUUUGAAGAUCCAGAGAUGCAACAAAAGCAGUACUGCUACCUGAACAGCUGGGAAUUAACAAUGCGGACCAUUGGGGUAACGGUAAUGGUUCAUGGUGAUGAUAAAGGACUUGUGUUGCCUCCCCAGGUGGCCCCUGUGCAGGCAAUUAUUAUGCCAGUUGGCAUUAUAGCUAAAUCAACAGAGCAAGACAAAUCACACCUCGUGAAUGCCUGUAAUAAAUUAGAUGCUGUCUUGAAUGCUGCUGGUGUACGUGCUCGGUGUGACUUACGAGAAAAUGUUACUCCUGCUUUGAAGUUCAAUCACUGGGAGCUAAAGGGUGUACCCCUAAGAUUGGAGCUUGGACUACGUGAGGUUGCUGCAGGUCAGGUAUUUGCUGUACGACGGGACACUGCUGAAAAGUGUGUUUUAAACCGAUCUAAUGUUGUAUUGGAAGCCCAAACUCUUCUAAACACCAUUCAUAACAACUUAUUAACACGAGCUCGCAGUGACCUGGAGUCACACAAAAUAAAGGUUAACAAUUGGAACGAUUUCACCAGCAACUUGGAGAAAGGCAACAUUCUCCUAGCUCCAUUUUGUGGCAAAGCAGAGUGUGAAGAUGCCAUCAAGAAGGACUCUGCUUGUGAAGACACAGCUGAGCCAGGUGCUCCAUCGAUGGGAGCAAAGAGCUUGUGUAUACCCUUUGAACAACCUGGGGAAGUAAAGGGUUUAUCAUGUAUUCAUCCAUCUUGCAAGGCUGAACCAUUGUUCUACACACUUUUUGGCCGGUCAUACUAAACUGGGUUUCGGUAUUUUUCUUUAAUUAAGCAAUAUAUCGUAUGUUGAUCAUUUAAUCAUCAUACAAUGUUUUGUAAAACUAAAUUACUUUUUUUAAAUGGUUACAUUUUGUGAAUUAUAUACUUUACAUAAAUAUUUAUAAUUUUAUGCACUGCAAUAAAACAAAUGGAAUGG